AUGCCGCGGCGCCAGAAGCGCGUCAUCGUCACGUCGUGCGACAGCUGCCGUCUGCGCAAGCUGCGCUGCAACGCAAAGGAGCUGCCCCACGGCACAUCGUGCUCGCAGUGCGUCAAGAGCAAGACGGCCUGCACCUUUGACGACUUCACCGAGUCGAUGCGCCCGCUCGCAAAGGCGCGCACCCCUCGCAGCAUCCCCCUCGCCACGCCCGCCCCGUCGCCGGGCACCGAGACCUACCUCCCGCUCCCGCUCGACGUUGGUGGUGGCAGCGGCGGCGGCGGUGUGUACCAGGGCGGACCGGCCUUUGCCUUCCCGACUGCCCCGGGCAUGGCGUCGCCCUGGACCCUCUCGCCCAGCCUGACUGGCAGCCCUGCCAGUUUCGACCACGCCAGCAUGUCGGUGGUGCCAGGCUCGUACUGCGGCAAUGGGUUGGCGGGCCAGCCUCCCCUGUCGAGCGGACUGGCGCCGAUGCCGUUGCAGGAUGGCCCUGAAGCCAUGCCCAGCACCGCCGGCGGCAGCAGAAGGAACAGCAACAGCGGCCAUCGGGGCGGCAAUAGGAACAAGAGGUCGCGUCCCAGCAAGGCCGUGGCGGAGGUGCCAGCCUGCGACACCCCGCCGGAGGGCAAGAAGGGCCGCUUCCUUCCCCUCAUCGACGCCGACCGCGCCAGCAUCGACAAGCCGGGCCCCUGGACAGGCUGGGGCCUGCCUGGCUCGAUCACGGAUCAAACGACGGGCGAGCGUGUCGAGGCGACGGCGUUCGCCAUGGCCGCGCUCCUCUUCGACCGCUUCUACUCGCAGCCGACGCUCCUCUCGCUCGUCGUGUCCUACGAGGAGCUCUUUGGCCGCAUCAACGUCCUCAUCGCGCAGCAGCAGGACGACGUCGAGCGACGCAGCAGCGGCACCGCGCUCAUCCCCGAGUACCUGCUGCUCGCCGUCGCAGCGACGGCAGCGGCCAGUACGGCCACUCGCGAGCCAGAGCUGCGGCAGUGGUGGAAGCAGCACGGCUGGAGCCUGGCCAUGAACAGCAUCAACGCCGAGCUGCGCCGCGGCGAUGUGCAGCAGCUUGAGCUGGUGCAGGCGCUUCUCGUCGUGGCCAUCUCCUGGACGGGCGAGCCGGAGAGCGUGGACCGCAUCGUCCUGUUCGAGACGGCCAUCAAGGUCAGCUUCCGGCUGCACCUCAACUCGGCGCGGCGCCUGCAGGGCUCGACGUCUCCGGCCGAGCGGGCCAAACGCAUCUGCCUCUACUGGCUCGUCUACGUCGUCGACAAGCUGGUCGCCAUCGCGGCGGGGCGUCCGGCCAUGGUGGCAUGGGAGCUGUGCGACAUGCCGAUGCUGGCGCUCGAAGACCUGGUGGCGUACGGCUCGUCGAACCUGACGAGCCGCUCGUCGAAGCCGCAGCAGUCGCGGGAGCAACUCUUCUGGCUGCACAACCUCGCCCUGUGCCAGAUUGCCCUGGCGCGCAUCCUCGAGCAGGUGCAGCACGACCUCUAUCCGAUCGCCGCGCCGCGCCCGCGCUGGAGCAUGGCGGCGAUCCAGGAUGCCAUCCGCCCCAACGAGGAGAGGCUCGUCGACUGGUGCAAGUGCAGCCGCGACCUGAUCCGCGGCGCGUCCAAGCUCGGCGGCACCUGCCAGAUGGCGGCCGAGGCCGUCGUUUCGCAGCUGCACCUCGUCCAGAUCCAGCUCUACCAGCUCCCGCUCCAGUUCGAGGCCGAGGUGCUUUCCUCCCAGGCAAGCCAUCAACGAGCGAACGCAGCUGGCCACGUUGACAUCAACAUCGACGUCGGGACCGGCCACUACGGACAGCAGCCUCAGCAGCAGCAGCAGCGGGUCCAGUUCAGCGAGGUCAACUUCAAGGCGCUGACGGCGUGCCUCGAGUCGGCGUGGCACCUGGUGCAGCAGAGCGGCAGCUGCCACGGUGCGCUGCCCACAGUCAUCGCAGCCAGGCUGGCAUCCGACGACGAGCUGGUCCCGACCGACUCUGGUCCGACGUCGUUUGGCAUGAUCAAGGCGGUGCGGCUGUUUCGCUUCCUCGCCCGCUUCUGGGACAGCUGGGACCGCGGCUUUGGCCUGCUCCGCUCGCUCCACUCGGCGCCCGAACAGGCUCAGCAGGCCGCUGGCGAUGCGGCGACGAGUCUUGUCGCAGAGAGCAACGACGCUGUGGAGAGCUUCCAGGCAGCUCAGCUCGAUGCGCGUCCGGAGGUGCAGCCUCUGCAAGCCUCGGGGCAGUAUGAGCUCGGACCGCACGCCGUUGGUCAUGACCGCGUCCCGCACUCGGGUUAUGGGUCGCACUCGGCCGACGCUUCGGCCGCAUACGGGCAGCAGCACCAUCACCAGGAGCACCAGCAGCAUCAUGACCAUCAUCUUCAGCACCAGCACCAGCGUCGACGCACGGUGCCCGCCCCGCUCGAGCUGGGUGCGGCUAUGCAGCGGACGGGCCAAUCGGGCCUCGAGAGCAGCCUAGCGACGUGCUCCUCGUUCCAUGCCCACCUGCCCUCUGCCACGCCGCCCGCCGUCGACCACCAUGCGGCAGGACCAUUGAGCAUGGACCCUGGCGAUCUCGGCUUCGGCUGGACGCCGUCGACCAUGGCAGCGUCGGGUGCAGCGGCAUCGACGACUAUGGCUGUUUCCAGCCUUGCAGCCGCCGCCGUCACCGCCACUGCCACGACGACCGACGCGGUCACGAUGGGUGCCAAGGAAGAGGGACGAUCGUCGUCUUCGUCGUCGUCGUACCAUGCCUACCGGCUUCAGCGCGACCCGACCGACGACGGGGCGCCGUCGAGCGAGGUCGUCGAGGCCGCAACGAGCUGCACGCCGCGGUCGUCGGGCGGCUGCAGCGGCGGCAGCGGCGACUCGCCGCCGUCGACGGUUCCCUGUUCCCUCGAGCACGGGCCGUACCACCGUCCAUCGAGCUUGUACGUCGACGGCGACGUCUCCGCCGUGACCGAGGAAGGCCUUGCGGGUGCGAUGCCUCUUCCUCGGUCGACCGUGGUCAAGGUCGAGAGCGAGGAUGGACGCGACGAGGCGGUGCGCGACUACCGGACGCAGCCCCGUUCUGCCGCCUUGAUCGAGUCGUGCGACACCUCGCUUCCCGCUUCGCCCUCGACGGACGGAGAGGAGAUGCUGCGAGCUACAGGACGGGAUCGCCCUGUUUCGCUGCACGCGGACGAGGAUGAAGACGAAGACGUCAAGCUGUCGAGUCUGCGGCUCGAGGGCGCGGGAAGGCCGCGACCGACUCCCCGGCGGGAACGGGAAGAGCACCACGGCGAGGUCGAUGGCGAUGGCGAAGGCGACGGCGAUAGCGACGAUGCUGUGCCGCCGCGAGACGAGGGUCGCGCCGAGUGA